AUGUCUGAGUCUCAAUCGGCAGCAGAAAAAGCCGGCAGCAUCCAGGCCCACUGCCAUGUUGUGUCGGCUGGGAUCACUCUUAUCGCACUCCUAAGAACGUCUUUGGCUGUCCUUGGAGGCGAGCAGUCAGGGAGCGAGGCAGACGGAGGGGGUCAUGCAGAUGAAGAGCAGUGGAUCAUCAGCCCUAGCGGCUUGUCUGUGGAGAGCACGACCCCACUGUUGCUCUGUCACCACCUGGUCAGACCCGGCACCAAGGAUGAAGACUGCGGCUCGUGCUUCGAGUGUAAUGAGGCUGUGGUUAUGGCAGCCCUGGCGAGUCAUCAACCACUAAGCGCUCUGGACAUCCAGCCUCCACCAUUACCGCCACACAUCCACGGCUACCAGACGUUUGCUAAGCAGAAAGUCCUCAUAUCCUUCAUGGCUUGGGCGAUAUUCAAGUCUGUGACAUACUUACAGGACGGGGGUUCAAAAGAGCCAGCGGAGGAGCUCCAAAAGUGUCUGCAGCGCCUCGGUUUCAGGCGCGCUCCUUCGCCCCCAGACGGGAGCAGGCUGGACACUCGCAGCCGCUUUGGCCAGCGGACCAGCGGACCAGCGGAAGAAGAGAGGGGCAGAAAAGCUGGAGCGAAACUACAUUCACUGACUUGUGAGCGAUGCACUGGCAGCAUGGCCAAGUGGUUCAAGGAGCACCUAGGAUUCAAAACUACCAAAGCCCCCCCUCCGGCGCCUCCCAAACCGGACUACCGCCGCUGUCACACCGGAGGGAGCGCGGUGCCCGGCUUUGGGAGCUCCGCGGGGGCCACGUUUCCCGCACAGCCGGACAUCCUCACUGCCUACAAACUACAAAAGGAACUGGACUUCGAAGAUCCGUACACUCACGGUGGAAAUAUUUCCUUCGGCUCCAGUUUGAACACUGUGAGUUCCCCGGAUAUCAAAUAUGUGUCGCCCACGCACAGACUUAUCAAAGUGGAAACUGUGGAGAAGAGCAGCCCGGCCCCGGGAGGCACCAUCACGGUCACUCAGGCCGUGCCAGUGGGCAGCGUCAAAUCCCCCUCCUCGCCCCCCGCGGAGCAUGACAAUAAGGAGAAGCCUAUUAUUCUGGAAGACUAUGCGGAUCCUUUCGACGCCGAACAGGCCGGGGGCAUUCAGCCUACGAUGGAGAAAGUGACAACGGAGAAUGAUGGCUACAUGGAGCCAUACGAGGCACAGAAGAUGAUGGCAGAGAUCCGAUCUGGUGGGCGAGGGCCUAAAGAUGGCUCCGUGAGGCAGCCCCCCCUGUACGACACGCCCUACGAGCCCACGGAGAAUGGGGGCGACUCCGACCCCGAACGGUUACCCCGAGAGAGCCGUCUGCCCCAGGAUGACGAGCGGCCGCCUGAGGAGUACGACCAGCCCUGGGAGUGGAAGAAGGAGAGGAUUUCAAAAGCCUUUGCAGCUCUGCUUUGUUAUGACUGCAUUAGCUACGAGGGCUCAGUAAGUGGCACUGGAUCAGAUCCUCACAGAAGAACGGACUGCACCUCUAAAGCCAUCACAGUCCAAUUUGACGGGGUGGAAAAGUCCCGAAUGUCGCCUACUAAAGACGGGAAAACUCGGCCACUCCAGCGACACUCCAGCGGGUGUCUAGUUAACACCAAGAUGACCUCAUUGGACCACAGCGGAUGCUCCAUAGGGGAAUGCAUUGACCCCGCCGUCUCCCUUGAAAACCAGUUUUGGUACCAUGGAGCCAUCAGUAGAACAGAUGCAGAGUCUUUGCUCCGGCUGUGUAAAGAGGCCAGCUACCUGGUGAGAAACAGCGAGACCAGCAAGAAUGAUUACUCCCUCUCCCUUAAGAGCAGCCAAGGCUUUAUGCACAUGAAGCUCUCUCGGACCAAGGAGAACAAGUACAUCCUGGGUCAGAACAGCUGCCCCUUCGACAGUGUGCCUGAAAUCAUCCACUUCUACUCCAGCCGCAAGCUUCCCAUUAAGGGGGCCGAGCACAUGUCUCUGCUGUACCCUGUGGCUAUCAGGACACUAUAA